AUGUCUAAUUCGAUCGAGCAGAAGAUAGCCGACAUUGAGCUUGAAUUUUCUCGCACACAAGUGAACAAAGCAACAAUGCACCAUCUUUGUCUUCUUCGAGCGAAGUUAGUGAAAUACAAAAAGGAGUUGGCACCUGUUCAGACACGCUCCCAGAUCACUGGUGAUUUGCUACAAACAAUCAAAUAUGGCGACGUCAGAGUAGGGUUAAUAGGGUUCACUGGUGUUGGGAAGUCGACGUUAUUUUCUUCAAUCAACGAGAGUGAUGACACAAUCAAAGACAAUGUUCUCAACGGCACAAAAUGUGUUACAGGUGUUUUGGAGUCCGAUGGGAUGAAAAUAGAAAUUUUGGACCUUCCUGGUAUUAGUGAGGACAGUACGCGCGUCAAGAAAAACCGUGCCGUGUAUGAAAUCGCCAAAACGUGUGAUCUCCUUAUGGUUAUUUUGGACGCAACAAACGAGGACGAACAAACCCAAAUAUUCGAGCAACUUGAGGCGAACGGGUUUCGGCUUAACAAGAAAAAGCCCGACGUUCGGGUUGUGAUGAAGGACAGAGGCGGAAUUUACGUUUCAGAAGGUAAAAACACAAAGUUGGACAAAACCCAUUUGAUACAAACACUGAAAAGCGAGUUUUUGGUUGAGAGUUGCGAUGUUAUUUGUGGCGACGACGAAAUCACUGAAGACGAUGUCUACGACGCAAUGAGUGGCGAUGUGUGGUAUGGUCCGUCUAUCACUGUGAUGUGUAAGAGCGACGUGUUGGACGAAGACACAAAAGAAGAAAAAUUGAACAAAGAGCAGACGGUGUGUGUAUCUGUCGAAGAAGACGAGAACAUACAAAAGUGUGUGGAAAUGAUUUGGGAAAAACUUGGACUGAUCAAGACGUAUUUAAAAUCGAAAAGUGGCGAUGUUGAUUUGGACACACCAAUUGUGUUGAUGAAAAGCAAAGCAACUGUUGAGUUGUUCUGCUUCAAAAUUAACCGAAAUCUAGUAAACGAAAUGAAGUAUGCUAUGGUUUGGGGAACAAGUGUCGAGCACUCUCCACAGCGAGUGAACAGCGAUCACAUGUUAGACGACGAUGAUGUGGUUCAAAUUGCGAAGUAA